AGCUAGAGAUCAAAGUAAAGGAUAACACAAUAUAGAACUUUGGGUUGCUUAUGGAGUAUAUAGGAAGGGUUCUUCAUGGCGUAAAAAAUGUUUACAAUGAACUUAACCCUGCAACUUUGAGUGGGGCGAUCGACGUCAUUGUGAUUGAGCAACCAGACGGCUCUUUACUUGGAUCUCCUUUUCAUGUGCGCUUCGGAAAACUUAAUUUAGUGCGAAGUCGCGAAAAAAUUAUUAAUAUAGAAAUCAACGACGAACUCAUUGACGUUAAGAUGAAGUUAGGUAGCGCCGGGGAAGCCUUUUUUGUGGCUAAAUGCGAAAGGGGGGUCAUUCCUAGAAAUCUUGCCACCUCACCACUUAUUAGGAGUGUACCUCCAGUUGUCGAUGGGCUUGAGCCUUUAGUGCUCUCAUCUCCAACUUCGUUCGAGAGCCCAAAACAUUGCGCCGACUAUUGCGCGCUCCCCGAAAGCGAUUUUCUCUCAUCGUCGGCGCUUUCAGCCUCUGUCGCGCAGAUGCAGUCUGAGUCCCUUCCAGCGGAGCCCCCCCCGCUGCCGGGCGAUUCCUAUGAACCCCAGACCCAGCCCGGCGGCGACGCUGGCAUUGAGACCAGCGACCGCAUUACCAAUCAAAGCAGAGAGUUGACAGUCCAGAUGGGGGACGAGCGAUUACUGUUAAGUUAUGAAGAAGAUUGCGAGGGAAAGGAGGGGAGUAAAGAACUUGCGGAAGUAACUUGGGGAUGGGGUCAUCUCCCGGAAAAAAAGACCUCGGUUUCAUCUUCGCCCACUUCUUUCAGUAUGAGUAUGCAGACAGCAGAAGCUAAAGCGUCUCGUCAGAAAUGGGUGUGGCGCGGUUUGCUGAACAUUUUCUCUAAAGAAAAGAAGCCCUCAGAGAAGAGCCCCCUUUACUUGGGAUUGGGCGCAUCUCCCGCCGGCCAGCCUCCGCCUGAAGUCGCCGUACUUUCCCUUGAAGAGCUGGCCAGUGGGUGUGCAGAAGAGCCUCAGAACCCACCUCACGCGUCUACACUACAUGAUGACUCGUUGCUAGCGAGCGACUCAGCUACAGCGCCAAACUGUGAUCAAGAGCCACGUGAUCAAGCGUUACUGGCGCGCGAAGUUGCAACCGAUAAGAAAAGCUUUUUUGACACUGUGGACUUAUCGCUGUGCAAAAGUAUUCUUAUGGGGAUGUCUGCCAGCGAGGAAGUGGCUACCACUUUUGACCAACGACGGCUCUCCUUUAAUACUUUUUCUGCCAAUCCUAAUGUCUUAAAAGAUCCCGAGCUGGUAGUCAGAAUAGCCAACAAUUAUUACGAUUGGGAGGUUGCCAGCGUCAUCAUUAUGUCUAAGCUGGCUUUUGGUAUGGAUCCACCAAAGUCGUACGAACUUCUUCAGUACGAACAGUCGUCAGUCGGUGCCUACUGUCCUCAACCGUCGGAUUUGCCGGAUAAGAUGCCUGACUUUCCGGAACAACUCGUGUCCUCCUCUCCUUGUGCGCUUCAAGGGCACUCACCUCCUGAGCUCUUGACUGCCGAAGCGGGCAUCUGUUCGUUUGGUAUCGGGGACUGCAUGAACAAGGAGGGCCCGUUUUACAAGACCUUGCGAAUGCCGCCAGAAGCUCUUUCCCGCCUCCCUUUAAAACCGGGUGCGAACAAAGCCCGCUUUUUCAUAGUCACGAAAAUGCAGGGCACAGCCGAGUGUUUCUGCAACAUCUACCGCUGGUCAUACAAGGACAAAAUAGUCAUAUCGGACAUAGACGGCACCAUCACCAAAUCCGAUGCUUUGGAGCGCCCUAUGUUUAAGCGUCGAACUGCUCAUCGCCCUUUCAUGAUAGGCCAUUUACUAUAUGUGCUGGGGAAAGAUUGGACCCAAUCAGGCGUGGCUCAAUUGUACUCCAUCAUCCGGGAAAACGGUUAUAAACUUUUAUAUCUCUCUUCAAGGGCUAUUGGACAGGCCAACUUAACACGUUAUUAUCUUCAAGGCGUCAAGCAACAGGGCCUCCGCCUUCCGGACGGGCCGGUUUUACUUUCGCCCGACAGACUCGUCACUUCUUUACAUAGGGAGGUAAUCCGGAAGAAACCAGAAGAGUUUAAAAUCGCUUGUUUGCGCGAUAUUCGUGAUCUCUUCCCGUCCAACUGCAACGCCUUCUAUGCGGGCUUCGGAAACCGCUUAUCUGACCACAUCUCGUACAAAGCUGUGGGCGUUCCUUCUAGUCGCAUCUUUAUUAUAAAUUCCUGCGGUCAAGUGCGGUCAGAAGAUCAUACUACCUUUUCCUCUACGUACUUUAACUUGUCGGAGCUUGCCCCUGCCAUGUUUUCUCCUAGAAACGAACUAGACGCAAACUAUAACAUUACUGAAACAUUUAACGAUUUUAACUAUUGGAACUUUUCACCUUUUCAACCUGAGCUGUUGAAUUUGGCCAAAAUUCCAGAAACUUGCGCUUAUAAUGAGACUUGAAUAAUAUGUCUUAGUUAGUUACUCAACAUGAAAACCAAUCUUCCUAGGAUCUCAAAAUUGGGGCUGAGUAUUUCUUAGCUAACUGUUUCUACGGACGUACGCAAAGUUCUUAGUUAACCUCGUGAAUUUUUAAAGGAAAAAAUUUAAAUUUAAUUUAACUGUAUGAUUUGCGGCCAAA